GCAGGAAGUGCAACCAUGAAGCUGGUGUUGGCUGUUGCAGUCCUCCUGAUAUCUUUGUCUGCGGUGGUGACAGACUCCAAUGAAGACGGUGGGAAAGAACCCACCCUGGCCCAGAAAUUUGAGAAGUAUCAGAAGGAGGUCCAGACUUUUGUUGAUAACCUUGGUGAGAAGACUAAGGCUGCUUUUCGUGAGUUCCACAACAGCGAAUUCAGCAACAAAACCAGGAAUUGGGUUUCCGAGACUCUCCAGAAAGUGAAGAAAAAGCUUGAAACCCUGACUUCCCAAGAUGGAUCUGACUGAACAUCCCUCAAUUCCGUCACUGAGAGAGGAGAUUGGUCAUGGAAUCCCAACCGUAGCAGUGGAAAAAAGGGGGUUCAACACAAGCUCUAACCCAGGGAUCUCCAAACUUGACAACUUUAAGGCUGGUGGACUUCAACUCCCAGCUGGCUGGAGAAUUCUGGGAGUUGAAGCCCACAAGUCUUAAAAGUUGCCAAGUUUGAAAGACCUCUGCUCUAAUCCUGCAUUCUCUACUUUCUUGGCAUUCUACUGCUAUGCAUUGUUACUCCCAACCUGUUGUUAGACGUAAAUAAAGAGAGAAAAGUAGGAG